AUGGGUGUCUUUGAGGCUUUGUGGUUCGCAACGAAGAAGUCGUCACUCUUUCUUCCGCUCGCCUGCUUGGCUCUAUGGAUAUGCUACAACGUCGGGCUUGUCGUCUAUCGCCUAAUCUUCAGCCCCAUCGCUCACUUUCCGGGCCCCAGAAUCGCGGCGGCAACUUACUGGUACGAGUUCUACUACGAUGUCAUCCUGGGCGGACAGUACACUUUCCGCAUCCGCGACCUUCACAAGCAAUAUGGUCCCGUUGUCCGCAUCAACCCGCAGGAGUUGCACUUCUACCCGCCUCGAUUCUACGAGGAGAUCUACGCAGGACCAACACGACGCCGCGAUCGGUGGGAACGCUACACCCAGGGCUUCGGCAUGCCUGGCGCGGGGGCAAGCACGAAUCCCCACGACUUGCACAAGGCGAGACGAGCGGCCCUGAGUCCCUACUUUAGCAUGCAGAGUGUUCGGAAACUGCAAAGCGUCAUCGAAGAGAAGGCGGAUCUCUUGCUGGCCAGAGUCAGAGAAUUCGGCAACGUGAGAAAAGGGGACGAAAGGAAGCCUUUGAACCUGGAGGUCGCGUUCGCCGCGUACGCGUACGACGUCAUCACGGAAUACGCGUUCGCCCGCAGCGAACAUCACCUCGAAGCCGAGGACUUUGACCCGUGGAUGCUCAAGGCGGCCUCUUCAACAAGCUCACUGGGCCAGAUUGCAAAACAAAUGUACUGGCUCUUUUGGCUGGUGUUGAACAUUCCAGAUUGGAUGGCUCGGAGACUCGAUCCGAACGCGAGCCGUUACUUGCAAUUCAAGCGGGACAUCAAGAACCAGAUUGAAAAUAUCCGCAACGGCGUCGACACGUCCCACAAGACGGCCUCGCACCCGACAAUCUUCCACGAGAUCCUCGACAGCUCCCUCCCGGCCGUCGAGAAGCGCACGGCCCGCCUCGCCGACGAGGGUGCCACGGUCGUCAGCGCGGGGGCGGUCACCACGGGCUGGACCCUGCCGGUCACGGUCUUCUACCUGCUGUCCAACCCGGGCGUCCUGCAGAAGCUGAAGCGGGAACUGUACGAGGCGAUCCCGGAUCCCACGACGCCCACGCCCUUGCCCGAGCUCGAGCGCCUCCCGUACCUCACGGGCGUCAUACAAGAGGGCCUCCGACUGAGCUACGGGAUCUGCACGCGCCUCGAACGGAUCGCGCGGGACGAAACCCUCGUCUUUGUCGUCAGCGACGACGACGACGACGACGACGACAAGCACGCCGACAGCGCAGGACCUACCACGUGGACAAUCCCCCCUGGGACCCCGUGCUCGAUGAGCAGCUACCUGAUCCACCGCGACGCCGACACUUUCCCCUCGCCACACGAGUUCCGACCCGAGCGGUGGAUCGAGAACCCGCGCCUGGACAGGUUCCUGGUUAGCUUCUCCAAAGGCUCGAUGCAGUGUCUGGGCAUCAACCUCGCGUACGCGGAGCUGUACCUCGUGCUGGCCAAGCUGUUCCGCGUCUACGGCGGCGACGGGGUGACGUUUGACGGCGACGUCGGCCGCCUGCACCUCUUUGACACGACUUUUGACAGGGACGUCGACAUGCGCGAGGACAGGUUCAUCCCCUUGCCGAGCAGGGACGCGAAGGGCGUGAGGGUCCUCGUGGAGCUCUUCUAG